AUGGCCAAGAUGGCAGCCUCCGUGAUGGCAGAAAGCGGAGAGGAUGUUUUCAGGAAAAUGUUUAAGUUUUAUAAAAGGAGGGAUCCACCUCCAGACUUAAGGGAAGUGACGGACUUCAGCAGCGGAGCGGCAUCAGGAGGAAAGAUCGUUCCAGUAAAACUGGAUCCAGCUGCUGUGAGUGAUGAAGAGGCUGCCUGUGUUGGUUUGCAGCCCAUCAGAGACUGGAGAGCUUUCGGACUGCAGGGAUACCCAGGCUUUAUUUUAAUUUCAAAUCCUUUCCUGCGGGGCUCCCACGCUUUCUGGGUAAGACAAUGUUUGAAGACAUACCCUCAGAAACCAAACGUGUGCAACCUGGACAUGCACAUGUCACCCUCUGAUACACAGGACAUCUGGGCCAGGAGUGUGCAAGCUCUGAGGAUUCCUGCUUCUGUGAAGAGACAACCAAAAACUCUACUAGAGAGGCUGCGCUGGGUAACCCUGGGAUACCAUUACAACUGGGACACUAAGACUUACUCUGCCAACAGUUACACGCCAUUCCCGGCUGAUCUGCACAUGCUCUCCGAACGGAUAACAGCUGCCUGUGGCUUCCCGGGAUUCAACUCAGAGGCAGCCAUCCUGAACUACUACCGAUCAGAUUCCUCUCUGGGAAUCCAUGUGGACGAGUCAGAGCUGGAUCACUCUCGUCCUUUGCUGUCGCUCAGUUUCGGACAGUCGUCCAUCUUCCUGCUGGGUGGCCCCCAAAGGCAAGACGCCCCCACUGCUAUGUUCAUGCACAGCGGAGAUGUGAUGUUGAUGUCAGGACAGAGCCGGCUGCUGUACCAUGCUGUCCCGCGGAUUCUUCCGGCUCCUCCGCAGCGUGCAGCUCUUUUAGAAGAGCUCAGCUGUGCCUCAGCCCUGCAGACAGGCAGCGUCCUGGAGCCGGUGUCUCAGGAGGAUUGGGAUGUGUGUUCCAGGUACAUUCAAAGCUCCAGAGUGAACUUGACUGUCAGGCAGGUGUUGGGACCUGGACAGAGCUUCCCAGAGGAACCAGUGUCCGCUCUCCUAACCUGCGACGAGGGUCGGAUGGUUGGGUGUCAUGACAGUGGAAACAGUGGGAAAAGGAAGAGGACAUGCAGUGACCCUGUGGAGAUGGUAGAGACGUGAAAGACCACAGAGCUUUUUAUAUGUAAGGAAAGCCACUUCUGAAAUGCAUUUUUCAGACAAUGAAAUUAAAAGGUGUUUCAGAGUUCUCAAAAGGGUUUGGAAAUUUAAUUCCCAACCUAUGAAAACUGUCUGCAUCCUGCACAAAGAAGCUUAAAGAGAUAUUUAUUUUUUUAAUGUGUCUUAAAAUAUUUUAAAGUUACAGAAAGCCAAGUUUAUCACAACAGAGUCAAUAAAUCAAUGACUGAAAUGCUUCUCUGAUGCUGUUCAGCUCACCUCCAUGGAUGACAAGUUUACACCACUAACUCUUGAAAGAAGUCUUGAUGGAACAAAUUGGAGAAAUCAUUAGGUUUAUUUGCAUAAUCAGAUAUUUAAUGUAGACUGUAGUAAAACUGAAUGACUAUAAUUUGUGUGUGUGUGUGUGCUGCAAUAAACGAGAAGCUUUGAGAUGCUUUAAUGCAGGGUGUUGGCGUAUGUUCAGAUUUGAAAUGUCUCCAUUUAACUUAUCAUCCACUAGGUGACAGCAAAUCACCAAAAAAGUAGUGGAGCUUUGAGAUACAAUAAACCAUGCAAAACCAAA